AUGUGCGGAAUCGUCGCGAUCCUGCGCUCCAUGAUGCCCGAGGCGGAGCUGCGCCAGGCCGCGCUGGCUGCCGGCAAGAAGAUCCAGCACCGCGGCCCGGACUGGAACGGCGUGCGCGUGUUCCCGGAGCGCGGCAUCGCCAUCGAGCACGAGCGCCUGGCCAUCAUCGACCCGGAGUCGGGCGCGCAGCCGCUGGUGAGCAACGACCCGGAGCGCAACAUCACGUGCAGCGUGAACGGCGAGAUCUACAACUACCGCGAGCUGGCGCAGACGCUCAAGACGCCGUACCAGUUCAUGACCAAGUCGGACUGCGAGAUCAUCAUCCCGCUCUACCUCGAGCACGGCCCGGACUUCGUGCACCUGCUGCGCGGCAUGUUCAGCUUCGUACUGUACGACCACCGCAAGGACUUCUUCCUCGCGGCCCGCGACCACAUGGGCAUCACCCCCAUGUACUACGGCUACGGCGCGGACGGCAGCGUCUGGUUCGCCUCGGAGAUGAAGGCGCUCGAGGACGGCUGCGUGCGCUUCGAGGUCUUCCCGCCCGGCCACGUGUUCACGAGCGACACGGAGACGUGCAAGCCCUGGUACACGCCCGAGUGGUACGCGCCCGGCCACCUGGGCAAGACGCCGCUGGACCUGCCGGCGCUGCGCGAGGCCUUCGAGGCGGCCGUCAAGCGCCGCAUGAUGGCCGACGUGCCCUGGGGCGUGCUGCUCUCGGGCGGCCUGGACUCGUCCCUCGUGGCCUCCAUCGCCGUGCGCGAGAAGAAGAAGCUCGUGGCGCAGGGCGGCGAGUGGAUCAACAAGAUCCACUCGUUCACCAUUGGCCUCGAGAACUCGCCCGACCUCAAGGCCGCCCAGGAGGUGGCCGACUUCCUCGGCACGAUCCACCACUCGUACACGUACACGAUCCAGGAGGGCCUGGACGCCGUGUCCGAGGUCAUCAAGCACCUGGAGACGUACGACGUGACCACGAUCCGCGCCUCGACGCCCAUGUUCCUCAUGUCCCGCAAGAUCAAGGCCAUGGGCAUCAAGAUGGUGCUGUCCGGCGAGGGCGCCGACGAGGUCUUCGGCGGCUACCUGUACUUCCACAAGGCCCCGAGCGCCGAGGCCUUCCACAAGGAGACGGUGGCCAAGCUGCAGGCCCUGCACCAGUACGACUGCCUGCGCGCCAACAAGGCCACGAGCGCCUGGGGCCUCGAGGCCCGCGUGCCGUUCCUGGACGCCGACUUCCUGGACGUGGCCAUGAACAUCGACACGCGCGAGAAGAUGAUCGACGCCAAGGCCAAGAAGUUCGAGAAGUACAUCAUCCGCAAGGCCUUCGACGACAAGGAGGACCCGUACCUGCCCGAGCACAUCCUGUGGCGCCAGAAGGAGCAGUUCUCGGACGGCGUCGGCUACGGCUGGAUCGACUCGCUCAAGGACCUGGCCGAGAAGACGGUCACGGAGCGCCAGAUGAAGCACGCCGAGCGGCUAUUCCCGUACAACACGCCGCAGUCCAAGGAGGCCUACAUGUACCGCAGCAUCUUCCAGCACCACUUCCACCGCGAGGUGGCCGCGCAGACCGUGCCCGGCGGCCCCAGCAUUGCUUGCAGCACCCCCGCCGCUAUCGAGUGGGACGCCGCCUUCAAGAACGCCGCCGACCCGUCCGGCCGCGCAAUCGCUGGCGUGCACGUGGACGCCUACGCCGAGUAA